AUGUCAACAUACAAACUUUAUUAUUUUACUAGUCGUGGUCGUGCUGAAGUAUCUCGUUUAAUAUUUGCUACAGCUGGUCAAAAAUAUGAAGAUAUUCGUUACGAAAAUGAUGAAUGGCCAUCACAUAAAGCUGAAAUGCCAUUAGGUCAAAUGCCUGUUCUUGAAUUUAAUGGUACAAAAUUACCACAAUCAAAAUCUAUUGCUCGUUUUCUUACUAAACAAUUUCAAUUAGCUGAUAGAGAUAAUUUUGAACAAGCCAAAGUUGAUGCUGUUGUUGAUACAAUCGAAGAUUUAUUAACAAAAUGA